CAGAAGACCCCGGAACCUCGCCGAUACUGCGGGCCUCUCUGGUCGCUGCGGACACCGCCGCCCAAGCCCCACACCUGGGUGGGAUUUGGAAGCUGGGCCCCUCGCCCUUCCCAGAAUUCAAGCUUGCAGUGUCCGCAGGUGGUGUUUGCCAGCCAUCUGCAACGGGAUAACUCCGAACACUUGUUGAAAAUCCAGAUUACCUGGACCUAGAUCGGAAGCCGGGGGGCGGGGGAAAAGAGAAUCUGAAUUUUAACGACGCAUCUUGGGAGAUGUGUAUGCUAGAUUUGGGGGUCAGGAAAUAAAGCGGAAGAGUUUAAGUGUCCCGCUUUGUGCCCAUAGCUCUCGGUGCGUAAUAGCGCUCCUGCAGAGCGGCUACCACGGAGAGGGAACUGCGGGAAAUUUCCCUGGACACCGCCGACGCUGACAAACCCAGUGUCCCUGGGCCUUUCCAGUUCUCCUGGCAGGUUGAUUGCGACUCAGCAUGUCGGCUUCAAUGAAGGAAUGCCUUCAGCUUCAGCUGCUGGAGAUGGAAAUGCUGUUUUCUAUGUUUCCUAACCAAGGAGAAGUAAAACUUGAAGAUGUCAAUGCCCUGACAAACAUAAAGAGAUACUUGGACGGCAUAAGGGAGGCGCUGCCACCAAAAAUCGAAUUUGUGAUCACCCUGCAAAUUGAGGAGCCCAAGGUGAAAAUUGACUUGCAAGUAACCAUGCCUCACAGCUACCCCUAUGUAGCGUUGCAGAUGUUUGCACGGUCACCAGAACUUGAUAGACAGCAGCAGCUGCUUCUCAACAGAGGCCUCACUUCUUACAUCGGGACUUUUGAUCCAGGGGAGCUCUGUGUGUGUGCGGCCAUCCAGUGGUUGCAGGACAACAGCACCUCCUACUUCCUGAACAGAAAGCUCGUGGACGAACCAUCGACACAAGCAAAACCAGUCAAGAACACCUUCCUCCGAAUGUGGAUCUACAGCCACCAUAUAUAUCAGCAGGACCUCCGGAAAAAGAUCCUGGAGGUCGGGAAAAGGUUGGACGUGACAGGAUUUUGCAUGACGGGAAAGCCAGGGAUAAUCUGUGUGGAGGGCUUCAAAGAGCACUGUGAGGAAUUCUGGCACACAAUCAGGUACCCCAACUGGAAGCACAUUUCCUGUAAGCAUGCGGAGAGUAUUGAAACAGAAGGAGACGGGCAAGACCUGCGCCUUUUCCAUUCUUUUGAAGAAUUACUCCUUGAGGCCCACGGUGACUACGGCUUGAGGAAUGACUAUCACAUGAAUCUGGGCCAGUUCUUGGAAUUUCUCAAAAAACACAAAAGUGAGCAUGUUUUCCAGAUAUUAUUCGGUAUCGAAAGCAAAAGUUCUGACUCCUAGGAAGCUAUGAAGAGGCCUCUGUGAAGAGGCCUACAUAACUAAGCUCACUAAGUUAUAUUUCUAUUAAUAAGAGCAAAAUAAAAGGACCAGUAGCUGGUUAGCAUCGUUGGUGGGGAACCUAGCUCCAGUAUUUUUCCCUGGUAUUGAAACAAACACAUAAGCCUUUUAACUUUGUAACAGUGUGAUGGCAAUGUUACCUCUAUGUUCUGGUAUUAAUUGAAAACUAUUUUGUGGUAAACUAAUAAAAGCCUGUCAGUCUAACCAGUGAA